UUUUUAAAGUGACACCAACGGCCUUCCGUACCAUACAGAUAAAUAUAGUUUUGGAAAAUCCCUUCACGCGUGGACUAUAAAAAGCGGGGGGAAUAAUCAAAGUAAUUGCAGGAUUGGUUGUCAUAUACACAUUGAUGUUGACCCCUCAGAUCACUCCCCCGAGCAGUUUGUCGUCCCAGACCCCCCCUGGACACCCAGAGUUUGUAGGAGUUGACUCCAAGUACGUGUGUGUUCUGUGUAACAAUGUUCUACAGGACGCCGUUCAGACCCAGUGCGGUCACCGUCUCUGUCAGCCAUGUGUGGACACCUAUCUCCAGGACGGACAACCUCGACCUUGCCCCUACCAGGAGGAAUUCUGUGAGAUGCUGCAGGCAGACCAGAUUCUUAGAGAUGCCAGUGCACGAAGAGAGAUUCGACAGCUUCCUGUUUACUGUUCCAAUAAAUCCAGAGGAUGCCAGAAAACCCUCAAAUGGAAAGAGCUGGAGAAACACUUGACUGAGUGUUGGUUUGAACCUCUCCCUUGUCCCUACAAAGAUUGGGGGUGUCAGGAACCGGUCCUGCGGGGAAGUCUGACGGACCACCGACAGACCUGUCAGUACACUCCCGUCAACUGUCAGUUCUGUGGAGAACAGGUGCCCAAGUUAUCACUCGAGACACAUAAAAAUGAAACCUGCAAUAAAAUUCCCAUUCCUUGUCCAUUUGGUUGUGGCAUUGAUCCAGUUCCAAGAAAUGAGAUGUCCACUCAUCAAGAGAGCUGUCCUAAGCGACCUGUAGUCUGUAAAUUCGCCUCUGUGGGCUGUACAUUUCAGGGACCAGCAGAAGAGUUGGAGCUUCACGAGAGACAGAACACUGAGGAACAUAUACAGCAGGCCACACUCAAAAUGGCUGACGUUGACCUCUACAGGAUAGACAUUAGGAAAGAAGUCCAGGAAUUAAGUGUCCAUAGACAAGAUGCUCGACAAAAGGUUAAUGACAUAAAGAAAGAGAUACAGGAUAUAAAGAACAUGCUAGAUGACGUCAGGCGUCAGGAUCGGAAAAGAAAAAUUGACAUGGUAGACUUGACAGAAAGAAUUAUUCGUGUGGAAAAACAGUUGGAGGAAGUCUCCAAACCAGAGGUACAGCAGAGAAUGACCAGCGAUCUGAACAUAGCACGGGAAAAUGUUAGGAAACUUAAGGACCGCCUGGACAGACUAAUAGCAGCAGAGGAAUCAGGGGGAGGGGCCACAGCAGUUGGCACUGUCGAAAUCCCAGACCCUUUUGCCGACCUACAGCAACAGACCAGACAACUAGGUCUUCAGGAAGCUCGCCUCUCGGAGCUCGAUAUCCGAUUCCAGAUUCUAGAGACCUUAAACUAUGAAGGUGUGUUAAUCUGGAAAAUCACAAACUACCGACGACGGAAACAGGAUGCGGUGUCUGGAACAGCUGUUUCCAUCUAUAGCUCUCCGUUUUUUACCAGUCGUUACGGAUACAAAAUGUGUUCACGGGCUUAUCUGAAUGGUGAUGGGAUGGGAAAAGGCACACACUUUUCUAUAUUUUUUGUUGUGAUGCAGGGGGAGUACGAUGCACUCCUGUCGUGGCCUUUCAGACAGAAAGUGACAUUCAUGAUUCUGGACCAGAAUGGAAACAGGAGACAUUUGUCAGAUUCUUUUAGACCGGACCCAGACAGUUCAAGCUUUAAGCGACCACUUGCUGAGAUGAACAUUGCCUCUGGAUGUCCCCUGUUUGUCAGUCACUCUAUCCUAGAAUCUUCAGAUAAUUACAUAAAAGAUGACUGUCUUUUUGUUAAAGUGAUGGUAGACACUACAGGACUUAAUCCAAUUUAAUCAAUUAUAAUCUUCAACAGAUGGAUAUGGCCUUAAUUUAUUUAUAAAUUGAUUUCUUAAUGCUUACUGCCACUGUCUCAAGCCACAGCCCAGAGUCUGCUUAGCUCUCUCUGAUCCAUGGCUGCAUAAUAUAAUAAAGUUCCUUUUUGCCUAGUAUUUACCCUAAUGAAAUGUACAUGUAGCUCAAGUUUUAUAUUUAUAUAUAUAUACCCGUGCACUGUACACUGUGACUGCAUCAGCAAUAAACAAUUAACACAAGUCUACUUGUGUUAACUGCAACUGGAUAACCAAAGGUCACAUCAAAUGUCAAUCCCUGAUUACUGGCACUGUACCAGUUAUCGGCUAAAAUUUAAUGUUUUCUUUUCGUAUUUUCUUAUUUCUUGAUAUUUUUGGAUAAAACUUGCCAUUUUUUAAAUAAUGAUCUCCUUAUUUAUCAAUCUGUUGGUUUAUAUCAUUGUUUAGAACUGCAAACAUCUUGUUUUGUGAAUUUUAUCAGGCCUUGAAUUUGCCGAGUUUUUACGACCUACUGUACCAGUUAUCGGCUUCGUGAUAAUAAAUAGUAAAAUCCCUGUACAUGUUGAUUUUAUACUCUGCUAAAUGAAAUUUGAAUUAUGUCCCUUGUGGGGUCAGACUAAAGUAGUCGGGGUUGUGAUACAUUAUAAACAAAACUCAAUUAAUUACUCUUUGAUUAUCAUAUGGUAAUUUACCAAAUCGUACACGUAUUCAAUACAUAAUUGUGCAAUCAGGCGUUCAACUGCGCUACGAAUCUCUCGGAAAUUAAUGAAUUCCUUUUGUUUAUACAUGUUAUAUGUAUUGAUAUUAUAUGCCAAAUCAAAGAAGGGAUAUAAUAAGGUAUAACAAAGAGGUAAUAUUCUAUUUUUGACUUAUUAUGUCACUUCCCCUACUGCUGAAAGUGCAAAGAUGUAAAAUCAGUGGUAAACAAUGAUCGUUUAAGCUCAUGUUUAAAACAUAUUCAAAAACGUUUUCAAUCAAACUUACUUUUCUUUAUUCGAAAAAGACGACUGAAUUAAAAAAUCUUGGAUUGUCCCGUGCUAUAAACCCGAAACCUCAGUUUAGCCGAUAACUGCAUGGUCUUAGCCGAUAACUGGUACAGUACCAGUACACGUUACUGUCAAUUCGACUUCACACUGAUAACUGGUACAGUACCAGUACACGUUACUGUCAAUUCGACUUCACACUGAUAACUGGUACAGUACCAGUACACGUUACUGUCAAUUCGACUUCACACUGAUAACUGGUACAGUACCAGUACACGUUACUGUCAAUUCGACUUCACAUGCACUGGAUUGUACAUAUUGGCUGUGAUGUGCAACAAUAGUUAACCAGGGUUGUCUCCAAGACCCGGGAGGCAGGAAAUUCCCGCGCCUAAAGUGACGUAAUUACCCGGCUAUUUUUUCAUUUCAAACACAAGCUAGACCUCCAGAUCCCCUUCUACUUUUUUAUUUCUCCCUUCUACAUCAAUUUUUAGAGACAACCCUGGUUAACUGUCCUAUUCAAACUAACAUUUGAUGCGACUAACAGACAGACCUAAUGCUGUGCAGACACAGGACAAGAACUAGUGCUCCACAGUUUAAAAGUCUGCAAGUUUAUGUAGCACAAGGCAGGUACAUGUACAUGUAUUUAGUGUCUAUGUAAUGUUUAACACACUUGAGUUCUAUAUUGUAUACAUGUACA